UAAACAGCUGAUGUUGAGUAAGAUAUGUUUGAGAAAUGAAUGAUAAGACUUUGGGUAUUGUGAUGUAAAGUUAUUAUACGGAUACUGAUAUAAAUAUAAAUUUGUGUCAAAAUGCCCAGUGUAGAGGCCAAACUUGCUUUAAAAAGUUUUUUCAUUUCAUUAUCAAUUUUUUUGCUAAUAGGCAUGACAAAUGUUUAUUCCAAUAUUACUGCAUUCUCGGUUAAUGCUUUUAUAUUUUCUACUUUCACUAUACUGAUGUGUAUCCUUUUAAAAUUUUUGUUUAAAGGCAAUAGUUUUCAGAUCGCUGUUCGGGCCUCCUGUUUGGGCAUAAUAUUCGCCUUGGGCAUUUAUGUUAGAUUAGUUGCUCUUGCACAUAUAAGAAUAUUUGGUGUUUAUAUGUGUGUUAUGGCAUUCUUCCACUUCAGCGAAUUUAUUGCAAUAGCAAUUAUACAACCGAAACAAGUGUCCACCGACUCUUUUGUUAUAAAUCACAGCCCUCAGUAUACUGUCGCUGCCAUUACCUCAUGGUUAGAAUUUUUUGUUGAGAGUUACCUCUUUCCAGGUAUGAAACAAGUUUAUUGGCUUUCAAAUAUUGGUUUGCUUGCCUGUAUUGGAGGUGAGGUUCUAAGAAAACUGUCUAUGUUUACUGCUGGUUCAAGUUUUCAUCAUUUGGUCCAGUCUGAGAAAUCCAAAGACCAUGUAUUAGUAACACAUGGAGUGUACAGUUUAUUCAGACACCCAAGUUAUGUUGGGUGGUUUUACUGGUCUAUAGGAACACAGAUCCUGUUGCUGAACCCUUUAUGUCUACCCGCAUAUGCCGUAGCGAGUUGGCUCUUCUUCAAAUCCAGGGUGUAUAUAGAAGAAAUAACAUUAUUAAACUUUUUUGGACAAAAUUACUGUGAUUAUCAACAGAAAGUCGGUACUGGCUUACCUUUUAUUGAAGGAUAUAGGAUAUAAACUAAAUAGGUUUUUCUUUGACAAUGUAACGCUAAGAUGACUGUGAUGUUAUAUCAAUGUAAAUAACUGUUUCACUAAAUAAGGGAUUUUUUUUAUCAAAAAAAAGUCAGAUAAACAAACAAUAAGUAUAAAAUGUAAGUUAUCAACAAAUUGAUUAAAAUGGUGUGUCCAACCUACUUCAGCUUAGUGAACGAUGUUUUAACAUUAACACAACAUUAUCAGUUGUGGUUGGACGGUUCUGCUAAUGGUUUGUCAUAAUUCAGCCUUGCGUCAAAUCUUGUCAUAAUAAAAAGUCAUAAGUU